AUGAAGUUGAACUUGAAGUUCCGAGGUCAAAGGCAUUCAAUAACGGUGGAAAAUUCGGUGGAUCUAGUGACCUUAAUGGCGAUGGCGGUUGAGGCUUUUCAUCUAGAGGGCAGGUUUUACUUGAGCUUAAACGGCGUAGACAAGAUAUCGAGGGAUCUCGAUGUGGUUACAAUUGACACUCUUGGCCUGGUGAACGGGGACACGAUCUACGUGCUGGAAUGUCCCUGCGAAACCGCUGCCGUUUGCUCAGCCGAGUCGAACCUACAUGCCAACGCUGCCCUAGCGUCUGUCCUCAAAUCUUUAAACUUGACCUCGAAUUCCGAAGUACUCUGUGCUACGAUACAUCAUUUGUUGAUCGAAAAUGGCUUUAAGAACGUCGGAGAAGGUGAAGGAUUGCCAGCUGAUUGGAGGCAGUUGUCGGGGGUUGGUUUCUUCCGACUUCUUUACGAAAAUCAGAUUUCUUCUGUGAUCGUUGAACUGACGAUUACCAUUCACGGGAAAGACACGGACAAUGAAGUAGCUUAUGUCAGAGCUUCCUUCGACGUCGGUAUCGAAAAGGACAAUGUGGAAGUACCAGUUGCUUUGACCCAACAACUAGGAACUUUUUCACAAGGAUCCGAUAAUAACAUACAAGAUCCAGAUCAUGCUCAGUUUCCAGGGAUCGGUGGACCUGCUGACUUGAACCCUUUGUACCCGUUCAGACCGCCACGGCUGCCGCAAAACUUUCCAGCAGCUCCUAGACAACCCUUCGGCCCCCGCUUCGAUCCGCUGUAUCCAGAUGCGCCUGGGCUCAUCGAUAUUCCAAGACCCGGGCGUCCACGCCGAAGACCCAAUCCGGAUGGAUAUGAUCCACCAUUCGGCUUCCUCUAA